AUGGGGAAAAACAGAGAAGACAUUUACACGGAUAAUGAAUGGAAAACCAGACAUGAGACACAAGUAGAAUUGAAAAAACAAAUGGAAAGGCAAAUUAAUAUUCUUCGAGAUAAGGUGGAGCUUAUUCGUGGAAAUACAGCAGAUAAACUGUCCAUUGUUUGCCCCUUUGAUAAAAUGCCUGUGGGUUCCUUGAAGAGGGUUCUUAAACAGCUGGAAGAAGAGAAUCUCCAGAAUCAGCUAAAAGACUAUGAACUUAGACUGGAACAAGAAGCAAAGGCUUACCACGAAGCUAAUGAUGAGCACCGCAUGUACCUCUCAGAGAUCUUACAGGUCUCAGCUAAACUUAAAAUUAUUGAAAGGCAACAAAAAGAUGCUGUGACUGACAAAGGAGAAAAACUGAUACUGAGAGGAAGACACAGUGUUCCAGGAAACCCAAAGAUGGUUUAUCCAAAAUGAUCAAUUAAAAUUACUGUAGGAGUGAACCAUCUUCCACAACUAAAGCAUUGAAUUAAUAUUAAUGUCAAGAAGUUCCAGUCACUUUUAAAAAAACUUAAUUUGACUGAAAGUUUCUAAAUUGAAAAUGAAAGUAUUUGUGUCUUAUUGCAAUGCCAGACACAGAUUGGAAUGUCUUCUUGGCUGCCUUAGUGUAAGUGUUCCUCUGCCUAAUGGAAUUUCUCUUCUAGUUGCCAUCUUUGUACUGGUGAUCUCUGACCCUUUCCAUUCUGCUUCAUAUCAGUGAUUCUGAGUGUGAGGGUGUUGGAAGUCUUAGAGAAUAUUUAAUGUCUUUAUACACUGUGUAGAUCCUUGAACUAUACAGACACGGAAAACAAACAACCCUCUAGCAUGUUUGACCUCUCAACCAAGAAGAAAAAGGCAGGCUGAUGCAACCUGAAGUAUUGUCUAAAUAUAACUUUUUUAAAAGCUCGAUUUCCACAGAUCCUGUGUUGACUACCACUUUCUGUCUGCAUGGUUUGGAAGCAAAGCACCAUUUCCAACUGCUUUAAUCACUAGUAAUGGAUAGAAAUGACAAAAAAUUGAGCACUUUUUAUUAAGGACUACCUUGUGUUCAUCAAGUGUUGUUUCUUUUAAACACUAUAUAUGAAAAAACACAUAUCCUGAUAUUAGUAUGUUGCUCUUUGAAAUUUGAACUCUCAGAUGAGCCCUUGUUUCCACACUCUCAGGGUCAUAAAAAUCUCUGUCCUCUUCAGUGGCAUUGAUCCUUGUAUUUUUAGGGUCCACAGUAGUGCCAGUUCUAAAAGUCAUCUCUUCAGUGAAAGUAGAACUCCUUUGUCUUUUUGUUCUUAAGUAUGCAAUUAUUGAUGAGGUUUUAUUACCUACAUUUUAGUUAUUAAAUAUGGCAAAAUUUUUUCAAGUGGCAAUGGGAAAAUGUUUUGGUAAUGAAGCCUCAGUCCUCUGGGUUACAUCUUAAAAGCUCUUGGCAGAGCAAAUGUGGUUGCUUGACUGCUCUUUAUUAUUUUAAGAGCAUUCCUAACUCUUUGCAAUAAAGUUUUUUUGCCUCUUUUAAGAGCAGUACUAAUAGUUCCUUAUUACUGGCAGCAUUAAAGUGACACUGUCAUUAAAUUCACAGUAAAAGAGAAACUAAUAGUGUAAUUCUAAAAUGCAGAGAAGAAAGACCUGAAGCAUGGUACAGCAUAUUCAGUAUGGAAGUCCCAUUUUUUUCUCCCACAUAGUGUGAAAUUCAUUACAGAUACUUGUCAUGUUACCAUGAUGUACGUGCUAUAAUUCUUUCAUAAGCAGGGUGGUCUGCCUGGCUGGUUUUUUCCUCACAGCAUAGCACAGCUGGUUAGGUUAGCACUCUUCUGUUUGUGUUUUUCACAUGAAAAAUUUCCAAAUGUUCCUUGAGCUGCCGUUUGUCAUUGUGGUGAAGGAGAGGGGAAAAAUCUCCAUAAUGGUUCUAUUGGCAUCAAAUACAAGGGACAUCUGCAGCAUAAAGAAGAUCCAGUUCUUGGAUUAAUGCAGCAAACAUUUCCUACUGCUGUCUUAAUCAAAUGUUAGUGCACUCAAGUCUGGUCUGUGUAGCACCUCAGAGUAACUGGAAACACUGCGCAAAUAUGACAGAGUAUUUUUUUGCAACAGGAGACUUGGAUGCUUUCCUCAAGGGUAGUCCUCACUGAGGACUUAAAAAGAGAUGUUUUUGAAGCCUUUAAAGAGAUAUUUAUUGGUACAGGAAUGACCUGGGAGAAGAGCAGACUAUGUCUUAUUUAGUCCCUGUUUCACCUUGCCAGGAACAAUUUGAUUUGAUUCAGGAUUUGAAAUGCAGUAGUAUGAUAACUAAUUGCUAAAACAUGUGGCAUUUGACCAUUCUAAUUGUAUGUCCAGCUGUAAUCUCUUUUGUGAAAAAUGGUUAUAGUUCUGUACUCAUACUCUUUGAAUUGCUUAGCAUUUCAUUUCCUUCCUGGUUUUCUGAAAAUAAGGACGAACCUGAUAAUGAAAUUUGACUACUCCAAUUUCUUUGCAACAACAAAAAGAGAGUUUUUGGUUUUAAAAGUGUAGUGUCUCUUUGGAUCUAAAUAGCUUCUAGCUUUCACAAAAGAAGUAGGAAUUUUUUGUUUGAUUUGCUGGGUUUGGGUGAAUGAGUGUUUUGAAAUUCCUGGACUUACCUUGUUUGGGCUUUUCUUACUCUUUUGUUGUCCUGUGAAAUGCAGUUUUUUUACAUUUUCAGCAAUGAACAGUUAGAUAUUACCUAAUAUUAUUAGGCUUUAUAUAAUAACUUCUAUAUGAAUAUUUCAGUACAUUUAGGAUUAAUUAAUCCUUCAAAGCAUAGUAUGCAGUAUUAUUUUAGGCCUAGAAGACAGAAUCAAGAGCUAGGUUUAUUUAAAGUGAUAUGGGAGUGUAGUGAUGUCUGGUUUUCCCCUGAUUCCACAACAGAGUGAUCUUUUGUAAUUCUGACAACCAUUUUAAGAUAAAGUCUGCCUCCUCUUAAGUCUUUGUGCAUCAUACAUGGCACUGAAGGAAUCUGAAAGCAAAAAUGGGAAACUGAAUUGCUGACAGUUGUGGUUUGUGAUUGAAUGGAGCUAAACAUCAGAAGAAGACAGGAUCAGAGGUGAAGGUUUGAGUCUGGCCAAACUUCUUCCUUCAGUGUACUUGGGAUUCCAGAUAUACUGAUUGUAGUGUGUAAGUAGCUUUAAUUCACAGACUGGGAAAUUUGAUAACCUAACAUGGCAUUUGAGACUAUGCUUCCUUUACAUAGUUAUUCAUGUAAUUCCACUAAUUUUAGAUGAGUCAUGAUUUUGAGGCAACUAAGGCAUUCUAAGUAUUUAACCACAGUGUUUCUGGAAAAUAUAAAUUUAGAAUCUCAAAUGCUGGUAAGCACACACUCCUUAUUUAAAAAAAAAAAACAAACCUUUUAUUUUUUUCUUUUAAAGUUUCAGGAUUAUAGAUGGUAUUGAGUCAUGAUAUUUGUUUUUAAUUAAUCAGUG